AUGGCAGUACGAUCGAUAAUAUCAUGAUUUCACCAAUAUAAAAUUGUGACCUUUUGACAUAAAUAAAAAAUAUAUGUAUCAGUGAUAUCGUCGUUUGAGACAAAUAAAUUGUAGAAUCAAUUAUAUUACAAAAGUUUCAUCUUCGUCUUUAUUGAAUUAACAAUUAUGGAAGAUACAACAGGAAAGAUUAUUAAAUGCAAAGCAGCAAUUGCAUGGAAAGAAAAGCAACCAUUAUCCAUUGAAGAGGUUGAAGUAUCACCACCAAAAGCACAUGAAGUACGCAUUAAAAUAAUAGCCACUGCUUUGUGUCAUACCGAUGCAUAUACUUUAAGUGGAUUAGAUUCCGAAGGUAUAUUUCCAUGUAUCCUUGGACACGAAGGUAGUGGCAUCGUUGAGAGUGUUGGAGAAGGUGUAACUGAAUUUAAAAAAGGUGAUCAUGUUAUACCUCUUUACAUACCGCAGUGUAAAGAAUGUAAGUUUUGUAAAUCAUCUAAAACAAAUUUAUGUAGUAAAAUUCGUGCUACUCAAGGUAAAGGUUUAAUGCCUGAUAAUACAUCUCGUUUUACAUGCAAAGGACAAUCGAUUGCUCAUUUUAUGGGUUGUUCAACAUUUUCUGAAUAUACUGUGGUAUCAGAUAUAUCUCUUGCAAAGAUUGACAGUAAUGCGCCAUUGGAAAAAGUAUGUUUAUUAGGAUGUGGUAUACCUACUGGAUAUGGGGCUGUACUUAAUACCGCUAAAAUAGAACCUGGAAGUACAUGUGCCAUUUGGGGUCUUGGUACUGUUGGAUUAGCAGCGAUAUUUGGCUGCAAAACUGCUGGAGCCUCACGUAUCAUUGGAAUAGAUGUUAAUUCUUCUAAAUUUGAAUUAGCCAAAACAUUUGGAUGUACCGAAUUGAUCAAUCCUAAAGAUUAUGAUAAACCUAUUCAAGAAGUUUUGAUAGAACUAACUGACGGUGGUCUUGAUUAUACAUUUGUUUGCGUUGGAAAUGUCCAAACUAUGCGUGCUGCUUUAGAAUCUUGUCAUAAAGGAUGGGGCAUGUCUGUGAUCAUUGGUGUAGCUCCUGCUGGUGAAGAAAUUAGUACUAGACCAUUUCAAUUAGUAACUGGACGUGUGUGGAAAGGUACUGCCUUUGGUGAUUGGAAAUCUAAAGAAAGUGUUCCUAAGCUGGUGGACGAGUACAUGUCUAAGAAAUUACUUAUCGAUGAAUUUAUUACUCAUAAUUUACCAUUUGAGAAAAUUAAUGAAGCUUUCGAUCUCAUGCACUCUGGAACUUGCUUAAGAGCAGUUCUCAAAUAUUGAAAGUAAAUAUACGUAUACUUUAUUUUAUUUUAUUUUUUUUCUUUAUGGCUCAUAUAUAUUAAAUAAUAAUUAUUAAAAAUUAUUUUUACAUUAAGGUUUAUAAGAAUUUUAUAAAUACACAUAAUAUAUUUCAUUAAUAUUUGUAAUUUGACUUUAAUGGUGUCCAUAUUUCUACCAUACCUCUUUCCUGUUACGCUUUCAAAAGAAUUGUUAUUAAAAGAAAUAGGUAUUACCAAUGAAAGAUAACGAAUUUCUACAACAAUCUUUAUUCAUAAAGAAUUCUUACAUUCACAUAUACAAUACUAACCAAGUGAGAUAUUAUUUAUGGUAGCUUCGAAAAGAAGUAAAAAUUCUUUACGCUUCGAUUAGGUGCAUACCUUAGAAAAAUCAUCAUGGCAAUAAGGUCAUUUACGGAUGAUUUUUUUUUUCUUUUUUCUUCUUUCUUUUCUUUUCUUUUCUUUUUUUUUCUUUUUCUUUUUUUUUUUUUCAUUGUAUAUAAUCAGGUAUAUACAAUAAUGCAAGACUCCGGUAAAACUAUAUAUUCACGUUCCCUUUUACGUUAAUAUUAAUUGAUCUAGGUCGAUAGUACAAUAAUUGAGGCGGAAUGUAAGUUGCGCAUAAUAGCAGGAAAGAAGAGUAAUUCGUUAGUUCAUUUUGUGGACGAUAAUCUCUUAAUCGAUCGAAUGGUGUUUUUAUUUAUUUAUAAUAUAUGUGUCAAUGUAAUUGAAUUUUUCUUGAUUCAAGAGACAACACGACGCCAUGUUCAUUAAGAGAUAGCAAAUAUUUUCAAAUGUAUUUGAAUUCAACAAAUAAUCAAAUCAAAUAUAAAGAAUUAUAAUUAUAUCUUGUAGUAUAUUACAUUAUUAAUCGGUGUCAUAUUGCAAUUACAGAUAAUUUAUAAGCGACAAUUAUAAAUAAAUCAAUAUUAAUACUUAAUGUGAAUAUAAUUUAUAAUUUAAUUAUACAACCAAAGUAAAUAUAUUUAUAUGAAAAAUCUUGAUAAAGAUAUAAGAGACAACUAGAGUGAAAAAAAGAAGAAAAAGAAGAAGAAGAAGAAGAAGAAAAAAAAGUAAAAAGGAUAUAAACACUUGCUUUUUAAUAAAUAUGGCGAGUACAGAAGUUCUCUCAUUAAAUUGCCCUUUAGCAGGAAUGUUAUAUCAGUAGAGUGAAAUGCUCUUCUAGGCUUUAUAAACUUAAUUAUUACGUCCGUUUCUAAAUAGGACACGUGUUUUACUUGCAUUGGCUAUUUUACUACGUAAAUUGCCUUCUAAAAUACUAGGGGGCAUAUUCACAAUAGUUCUCACACCGAUAUUUUCCUUCUACAGAUAAUUAUAUAUGUUAUUAUAUUCUAUAUAUCUAUUGGUAUACAAUACGUUCUUUAAGUAAAAGUUUUUUAAGUAAAAAUGCUUAUAAUUACAGUGAAUGCAGAUGAAUAAUCACGACGUUAAAUACUGCCUCUCUUCUAUUGUUUCCUAUUGGAAAUAAAAUAAUAUUUCUCGAUUGCACCACCGUUUGUCUAAUGCUUCUCUUAACUGUUACAUAUAAGAUGUAUGUUCCUAAAGCAUGUAUUUACAUUUACAAUCUCACCCAAAACGUUUACAAUGAAACGUAAAAUAAUUCAUUCGAAAUUACUGCUGGCGUAUGCUUGUGCUCUCCUUAUAAGUUACAAUGUUUUUAAUACGCGUCGUACGAUUAAACAAUGUCAUAUUAUAUUAAACGGAAUGAUAUAUUUAUUCCGUCAUAAUAAAUAAGGCGUGCUAAUAAUAUCUUUGACAUUUCAUCGUCGUGAUUAAACCACAUGAUAAAUAUAUAUGUAGUUAGCGAAUAUGAAAUAGGUCGUUUUGUUUUAUUGUUACUUGCUGUUGUUACUGUUGUUACUGUUGUUACUGUUGUUUUAUUUUUGUCGUGUUCUUUCUUUUUUUCUUUUCUUUUUCUUUUUCUUUUUUUUUUUGUUAUUUGCUAUUUGUUAUUUGUUAUUCUCUGCUUUUUUUUCUUUUUUUUUCUUUUUUUUUUUUCUGUAAUAUCUUACACAUUUAAUUUCAUAACUCAAGAUGGCCACGAGAGAAAAGAAAUAAUCUAAGGCCUAUUACGCCAGUGUUAAAAAUAAAUGAAAUAAAACAAUAAUGAUAUUGAUAAUAAUAUUAUUAAUAAUGAUAAUAAUAAUAGUAAUAAUAAUAAUAAUAAUAAUAAUAAUAAUAAUAAUAAUAAUAAUAAUAAAAAAUAAGCGGCGAGAGGACGAAUAUCUAUUUUUAUUUAUUUCUUUAUCGACACGUUUUAUUAUUAUUAUCAACUUUAAGAUAACUAAUUAAGCAAAACUAUUCGCGCGUGCAUCGGCUAAAUAUUCUUUCUUAUUUUAUAAUAGUGUUAGAUAAAUUAUCCCACACGACCACUAUCGCCAUAUUUUUCUUCCCUUCAGAUUUAAUGUUCUAACUUUCUCUCUCAGCCAACUUGAUCUUCUACAUUUACCUGUAUUAUCGUAAGUCAUAGACAGUAUUAUUAUGUUAUAGACGUUAUAUUAUUAUUAUUAUUAUUAUUAUUAUUAUUAU